UGUAGUGUGGGUGAGAAGUGUCAAGCCCCUUGCAAGGCUUUGCUCUGUAAAAAAAGAAGAAAUGAAUCCAACAAAUGAUGAUCCAGUGUUUGGGACCAUUUUUGACUGGGACUAUCUCUUAUGGGAAGUUCGUUUGAUGUUUUUAGCUGCUGGUUUUUUAAUCUACUUGGGAGUAUUUCUUCUGUCUCACUGGUUGUCUUCAUGGAUAAGUACCACUUACCGUGCCUUGUAUGCGAAGGAGAAGGUGUUUUGGAAUAUGGCGGUCACACGUGGUGUGUUUGGACUUCAGAGCUGUGUUGCUGGGUUAUGGGCUUUGCUCAUAGAUCCUGUUUUUCAUGCUGACAAAGUGUAUUCACAGCAAAAGUGGAGUUGGUUUAACUGUUUAAUAGCUGCUGGAUUUUUCUUGCUUGAAAAUGUAGCUGUUCACAUGUCCAACGUUAUUUUUAGAACAUUUGAUGUGUUCUUGGUAGUUCAUCACUUGCUUGCUUUUGGUGGCUUGGCUGGUCUAGUAAUUAACGUGAAAUCUGGACAUUAUCUGCCUUUGAUGGGAAUGUUGCUGGAGAUGAGUACUCCCUCAACAUGCAUUUCCUGGAUGCUUCUAAAGGCUGGCUGUGCUAAUACCUUUUUCUGGAAGGCAAACCAGUGGGUGAUGAUCCACCUGUUUCACUGCCGCAUGAUUCUUACUUACCACAUGUGGUGGGUGUGUAUUUUCAAUUGGAAUUCUGUGAUGGAAAAUCUGGGACUUCUUCAUUUUAUUGUUUUAUUCUCAGGAUUAUUUGCUGUUACACUAAUACUUAACCCAUACUGGACAUACAAAAAAACUCAGCAACUCCUCAGCCCAACUGACUGGAACUUUGAAAAUAAAGCAAUGGAAAAUGGAAAAUUAAAUGGUGAAACACAUCAAAAGAAGAUGAUAUAACAAUGAAACAGCUGUUUCCUAGUAGGGCAGUAGAAUAUAGCAGAAGAAUAUGGUGUGAAGUAAUUCUUCGCCCAUGAACUAGAAACUUUUGCAAGAAGCUCAUUAACACAGUGAUUCCUUGCUAGUAGUAUUCUGUAUGCAUCAGAAGUAUUUAAAAGCAUUGUUUGUGUUUCAUAUGUGCAUACACAUCUUCAACCUCUUAGUUAUGAAUUACGCCAACAAUUUUGUCAGAUUGGAUGGUAUUUCAUGAUUUAGUAGUGACAUGGUAUCCUUUGUCGUAAUGCUUCAAAGUGGCUUUACAGUUAAUUUAUCUAUUAAGUUCAGCUUGAAUCAAGUUUAACUUGAAUCCUAUUUCACCUGUGUCAGAGAUACUGAUACUGGAAAUUAUGUUGUUUAUUAAGAUCAAUUAUGACCGAAGGUAGCUAUGCCUGGGUACCUAGUUCCUGUGUGCUAUUAAAUUAUUCCAAAUGGCUGAAUUGGUCACGUGGCAAAAUGCAGUCAUGGCUAGGUUUUGGGGUUGUUUUGUUUUUUUUUUUUUUAAGUGCACUUGAGGAAGAGGAAGAUAAUUGGUUGAGUGUUCACUGUCGAAGUGAGUUGUCGUUUCCAGGUUGGGAGGAGUUCAUGUCCACCACAAACAGGCAUGUGGGGAUGCAGGCAUUCGUUGUACUGGUGGUCUAGCUAGGUAAUCAUAGUGGUCCCUUCUGGACUUGAAAUCAGUGAAAUACAAGAGGCAAUGAUAGAACGUUUGACUCUGUUUCAGCCUUGAAAAGAUUGCUGGUUGAUUGGUAAAAUUAUUUUCUUUGUAGGUGCCACAUGAGUGGUCAUGCAAUUAGUUCCACUAGCGGUCCUAUUAUGGUUGCUCUUAUUUUUGGAAAUUCUCUUAGUUAUAGAGGGUUUUAGAAUCUGAGAUGACUCCUCUGUGGAGGAAAGCCUGUAUCACCUCCUUUGGGAGUUCAGUUGUUCUUGUAGUAUUUUUAUUUUACUUUGAAGAACAUACGAAGUGAUGCUAACAAUCCUUUGCACUGUAUCUGCCAUAUCACUAAAUCUUUUCUUUACCUAAGGAAGAGGAUUGCUUUUCAGAUAGGGGCUAGGCAUAUUGUGGCAGAUGUUCUCCCACUAACAGUAUUGGUCUGACGGUUCCUGGGUGAAAUGUUGGACAGUGGAUGAAGCUAUAAAGAUCAUUAUAGAAGAGAGUGACGCCUGGUGGCAGGAGAAUGACAAAGAUAUUAAUUAGUUUUGGUGCACUCGACUAGUGAGAUAAAAAGCCCAUCAUUUGAAACUUCGCCGUAUAGUGUGAUGUGACUGCUACACAGAUUUAUUUUCCAAAGUAAUAAGACUGGGCAAGCCCAAGCUAUGAAGAAUUUUAGGUCAAGGCAUGCGUUAGAGGCUUUGUUCACUGAUCUGUGAUGGAACAUACUGUUUUAAAUGUGUAAGGGAAGCACUGUUUGGUGUAAACAACCCCAUUUUAUUAAUUUUUGGUGGGAAUGUCUUUGACUUUGUUCUGAGUGAAGGGAGGAAGCUAGUGGUCAGGUUGCUGUGUUCCCUUGUUCACUUUGUAUGAGCACAGACUUGAAGAGCUGCUCUAUGAGGGAGAGGAAACUUCUCACUAUUAGGUCACAAAUGUAUAGCCAGAUCUUGAUAGUGAUGAAGUGGUGAAUAUCUGAAAUUGCCUGUUCAAAACUAGGCUGAGAGGGUCAUAGUAAUUUUACACAGCAACCCUAUCUGUUAUCCUGCUGAUACUCAACAGAGAAAAAUCUAAAUUUUGUGCUACCUUCUUAUUUCUAAGCAGGCCAGAAUGAAGUUGCAGUGUUUUGGCAGUGUCGCCUGUCUGGACACCAUCCUAUAGAAAAAAGGUUCUCUAAAGCUUGAAAUUAUGUACCUCUCCUGAGGGGUUGUUGGGAGAGUAAUGUUAAAAGUACUUUGGAAGAAAGCAGAGGGAUGAAUUCCUCAGAAACAGGACCCAGAUAUGUGAUCCAAAUGUAUAUCUUGCAGAAUCCAAACCUUGCUUGCAGGAAUUCCAAGGGGGAAGGCGGAGGAUAAGUCACCAGAUAUCAAAAUGAUGGUGUGCUCUAUGCAACUUAAAACUUAAAGGUUUGGAUUCGAUAAAACGAGGUAAUAAUUACAAAAAUCCCAGCUACAGAAUUCUGAAGAAUCUUAAAAAGAAAUGGAAGCAUCAGAAGAGAAAUAAGUGUGGGCCAAGUGUGUAAUUCUUAUAGUGGCUGGCUAAAGGAAAUGAAGUUUCUCUGUGCUAUAAUAAAAGAAUAUGGAGGGUUAGUAGUGAAUUUGAGACUGAAAAAAGAGAUUAAGUGUGGUCCAAGCAGAUAGGUUGAUAGCUAUAUAUCAGUGGCAUCAGACUUCUAAAGUCUAAUAUUUUGUAUUACUAAUUUGUGUAAUGUUAAGUGGAUUUUAAAUCUUUCAUUAAAAGUGUUUUUUAUCACAAUAAGGCAGUCUUUUUGGUAUGCAUCUUAGUGUUUUUUCAUGCAAAGACAGUUAUGGCAUACUUCAAAUCUUUUGCAUGUCUUAACUAUGUAAUUAAUACCUAAGAGCACCUGUUCACCUAAACACUGCUAGACCUGCUAGAACAAGAGAGCUAUGCAGUAAAGCAAGUAACAGCACUUAUUUUAUAUCUGUUGGUUUGAGGGGUGAGGGGAUUUUACAGUCCAGCUAGAAAUAUAACAGGAUAUAAAAAUACAGACAACAUUUCUUCUUCAUCUUGAUAGCCUAGAGUUGGAGGUAGCAGUUCUGUUACAAAGAGCCUCUUUUUUUUUAUACUCAUGUGUUUUCUUCACUGCCUUUUGGCUGCUCUGUUCAAGAGGAUUUUCUGGUUUAUGAUUGUGGAUGACUGUCUCAUUGAUUUGAAACAAGACUGGAAAAGUUCUCUAACUGAGGGUUUUGGUGUCUGAUUACUCUCAUGACUAAGCGCUGCUUUUUAACCGAAAGGUAGACUAGCCAUAGUUUAUUUAUAAAUUUUGUUAAUGUGAAACUAAUCCCAGUCCUGUUGGGCCUCUCUAUAAGGCCUCAUCCGCAAUCCAAUGUAGAAAAAUUCAGUCAGCUUCAGUAGUCGCUGGAUCAGGUCACAGGGUGUGCUGCUGCCAUGAUUGGGAAAACUCUUGCAUAAUGUGUUUUUGGGUGAAUUUUUUGUUUGCCUAGGUGACUGUUAGAGACUUCAUCCUGCUUUCUUGUUGGACAGGCUUAUUCAAGGAGUGCUGUUUGUGUUACCUUUCUGGCCAAAGCUUUUUUUUCUUUUUAAACAAAACCAAAAAUAAACUAUGAUGGGGGUGGGGGUGUUUGGUGGGUGUUUUUUGUUGGUGUUUUUUUUUUUUAAAAGAAAAAUGUCUGAUCUGAGACACCCUGACCAGGUAUCUUAUUGUCUUCAUACAGCAUUCCUACAUUACAGUUUGCAUUUGCCUCCAUUUGUGUCCUGUCCUCUGUUUUUUCCAAAACCUGUCAUCCUUUCCUUUCCCACCCAUUGAUUUUUCUAUAACAUUUACUCUUAAUUGCAGUACUGGUCAUGAUCUUGCAGCAGUCACAUUACCACAGUGAUGUUUGUCUAAUAGUUUUCAGCAUGUACUGUUGGGCCCUUCUUCCACUAAAUACCCACGUCCAAAUCUUUCAGGGGUUUUUUGCUUUUUCCUGAUAACAUGGAUUAAAUAUUGAUGUCAUGUACAGUUAUAAGACACCUUUCUUAACCUCAGGGAGACUCCCACUUAAAGUGAGUUUAGAAAUGUUAAGCAAAUUGAAGACUGCUCUUGUAUAAUAUAACAUUUGUUGAA